AUGAAAUUUAUAAACCAUAUAAAUGCUGACUGGGAUAUGAUAAAGUGUCAAGAAGAAAAAGAGAUUAUGACUGAAAAUCUUAACACAUGUAACAAUAUAACAUUUGUGUUUACAGUAUUAAUGUAUAUAAGUGGAGCAUUUUAUAAUUGUAUAAUGCCGCAUGUGAUACCGUUUCUGCUUGGUAGCAGUAAUAACCAAAAUACUUCUGAACGAAUGAUUAUUUUCCCUGGUUAUAAUGUUGUUUUUAAUGUUGAAUUUUUUCCACUCUAUCAAAUUACAUAUAUUUUUCAUAUUAUUACUGCAUUCUAUUGUUAUACCGUUCUCAUUGCCACAUGUAAUUUGACCGUAAUUUUGGUAACUCAUGUGAGUAGUCAAAUUCAAAUAAUUAUUAGCCAGCUGAAUUCAUUAUUAAAUGAUUUUUCGAAAGGAAAAAAAUUUUCAUACCCUAAGUUGUCAUUUACGAUUCGUCGUCACGUCCGAGUUCUUGAAUUUUCUAAUAACAUUCUUAAAAAAACGUUGUUCGAAAUAUGUCUAGUAGAAAUUGGCGCAUCUUCCGCACUUCUUUGCAUUGAUGAAUUUUGUUUUCUACGGAUGUUGGAUAAAAAAGAUUUUGCAAAUAUGGUAUUUUUUAUCAAUUGUGAAUCCUUUAUGGAAAUAGGAGUACAAUCAUAUGCAACUGAUUGGUAUAAAAUUCCAUUACAAGCAAGACGAUAUUUACAUUUAAUGAUAAAUAUGUCACAACGACCUCAAAGAAUCAGUGCCGGUGGGAUAAUUGAUCUGUCUUUUCUUACCUAUGUACAAAUUAUUAAAACUGGAUUUGCAUACCUCCAAAUUUUGAGAGCUUCAAAUAUGCAAGACAAGUAGUCGAGAAGAAAAUCAUGUUUAAAUUAUUCAUUCAUCAAAUCAUAAUCGAUUAAAACUUGACAUUGAUUGAAGUAAAAAAGGUGACUGAGUUUUAUAAAGGGUCU